AUGAAAAGAAAACAUUUUUCUGGAGAAAGAAGAACUUUUCCGUCAUCAACUGUAGUGGAAAGGAAUUACUGUCAAAACAACACCAACAACAUUAUAUUUAUUCCUAAUGUUGUUUUUGUGCCUUUCAACAUUGAUCUGAGGCAAUUUUCCGCUGCAUUUCCCAUGCACAAUAAUUUAUGCAUGAUGAGUGCCAGUCGGACUUAUUUUAAAAUCGGACGCAAUAAUAACAUCUAUUCUACAAAUAAACCACUAUGCACGCCCAUUUCAGGCAAUCCAUUAAGGAAUUAUUUUGAUUACGAGGCAAGAACAUGCGAGGGUGUGAGUAAUAAGAAGAAAAACUGGAGCAAAUUCAUUCACGAAAUGACAAUCAGUGAAAAACUGGAUUAUGAAGUUUCCAUGUCAAUUUCCGAAAAAAGUCGUGCUUUCAUUUUUACCUUUAUAACGAAGAAACUGAUUCUGAUUUUCACCUCAACCUCCACCAAAGCAAUACUCCAGCGAAAAGACAAAUACCAAUUUGAAGAAAAUGGAAGAAAAACUCCUCCAAUGUUCUUUUUGGCACUGAAGACACAAUCAAGAACUAUUCAUUCAUUAAACAAAAUGUACUUUGUGAUGAACGAACGUUUAAUAACUCCAUUAGGGAAUUCAAAAGACCAAGAUCGAUUUCCUUUUCCUGUCAUGACAAAAGACUUAAGCCAGCGUGAGUUUCCAGUCAUGCUGUUUUCCACGGCAGUAGGAAUGUCAGGAAAAGCUCCAUUUAUCUGUUCUCAUAGCGGAAUAAUUGAUAAUAUAUUAGCGACAGAAGCACCUUGUCAGUAUCACAUAUUAAAACAAAGAUAUUUAAAAAGAUAA